UAGACCAGAUCUGUUUAUUGCGUUUAUUGGCGUGGGACCGGUUUAUAACCUUUCCAUUCAGUCUUUUAUGUUUUCAGUGAUAUUAUAAUUAUAAAAUAUAUUACAUUAAAAUGUUUGUAGAAACUCGAAAUAAUUCAGAAUUAACAGAUGCAGAGGCGGAAUUAUAUGAUCGGCAAAUACGUCUUUGGGGACUUGAGUCACAAAAGCGCUUGCGGGCUGCUAAAAUUCUGUUGAUUGGACUAAAUGGUUUCGGCGCAGAAGUAGCAAAGAAUAUAAUACUUGCUGGCGUGAAAUCUAUAACAUUUCUGGAUCAUAGAUCUGUCAGCCAGAUAGAUAAGUGUUCUCAAUUUCUAGUGUCCGCAAAUCAAGUUGGAGAGAAUAGAGCUGAAGCUUCAUUACAAAGAGCACAAAACUUGAAUCCUAUGGUUUUAGUUACUGCUGACACAAGUAAAGUUGACGAUAAACCCGAUGAGUUUUUCGAGACUUUUGAUGUAGUAUGUGCUUCCGAGUGCACUUUGACUCAAAUUAAGCGCUUGAAUAAAUUGGCUAGGAAGCAAAAUACUAAGUUCUUUGUUGGAGAUGUUUGGGGCACAUUUGGAUAUACAUUCGCUGACUUAGGAACACACGAAUUUGUUGAAGAUAUUGUGCAAAAGAAGAGAGUACAUGUUCCAGAAGGAGGUGAUUCUAGUAUUAAAGACAAAUUCGAAAGUGUCACCACAACUGUUAAAAAAGUUUCAAACUAUGUACCCUUUGAAAAUAUUCUAAAUGUCAAACAAUUGCCAAAAGAAGACAAAGUUUACUACUUGCUGCAAAUACUGCUGAAUUAUCGUGAGAAACAUGGCAGCGAUCCUACUUCGCGAAAUACGUCUUUAAAUCCUCUUAAAGAAGAAUCUGAAGCUGUUAUUGAAACAUACCAACUUGGAGACUCAUUAAAGUCAUUGUUAGAAGGAAAUUUGUACGCACAAGUUAGUCCAGUCUGUGCUAUUCUUGGAGGUGUUAUGGGACAAGAAAUAAUUAAGACUGUCUCUCAAAAAGAAAGUCCUCAUGAUAAUUUAUUUUUAUUUAAUCCUGAUACUAUGUGUGGAAAGAUUCUCAACCUUGGACGAUAAUGUACUUUUAGGAUUUCGUCAUUUUUUCUUACUUUUCAUCUUAAAGUGAAAAAUACUUGCUAAGUCACAAUCAGUUUAUUUUGUUUCAUAUUUGUUUUCAUUGUCAGAAAUUUGCGCAAUAAUUUAAGCUGAUUUUUUGUAAAGUAUAAAGAUUUACAAUAAAUUCUUUUCUGUACA